AUGAGCGGCGGCGCGGUGGCCGAGGAGGUGAUCAGCCUCACGCGGGGCCCCUCAGGGCUGGGCUUCAACAUUGUUGGUGGGACAGAUCAGCAGUACAUUUCCAAUGACAGCAGCAUCUACGUCAGCCGGAUCAAGAAGGACGGGGCAGCUUACCUGGACGGCCGCUUGCAAGAAGGAGAUAAGAUAUUAGCGGUCAAUGGUAAAGACUUGAAAGAUUUGCGGCACAAGGAUGCUGUGGAACUCUUCAGGAAUGCAGGCUAUGACGUGUCUCUGAAAAUUCAGCGCAGGCUGCAGCCACAGAACGGCCCGGUGAGUCAUCGAGGUGAUGGAGAAUCAAGUGGGCUUUCUCUAGCAGCCCUCCUUGUGCCAGGCCUGGCCCUUGCUGCCGCGGCCGUCUGGGUCGUGCUGAGGUAUCGACAGCGCAUGUGAGGAGCUCCUGCUGCGGAUGCCACUGCGUGUUUUACACAGCUAGGAUGUAAUUUAAGGAAAGAGAGAAUCAACGAUCUUAUCACAGACUGAUGUCCCAAAGCAUCGUUGCCUAUCAUAAAGCUGCUGCUAAUGUUCUUUAUAUAUUGAUUUUCUUGUGGGGUGGAUGGAAGCAGAAAAAGGAGAAGGGGGAGAGAGGUGAUUGUUCACGUGUAGAGUGGGAUGGCUGUAUUUUUGACUAAUCUGAGGGAGUUUUUGCCAAUGUCCCUCUUUUCUGCACUGUGAACUUUCAAACACGCUCAUACGUUCUGUGUUUUGAGAUGUGACUCCUGUUAAAAAGGGUGGGUUAGGGUGGUUUUAAAGCAAAAAUUUUUACUAGAGACUUUGUCUUGUUCUCACCAAACUUUUCUUGCAACCAAUGAUCCCCUGUCUCUCAGCAAUGAAUAAAGAGAAGCAAUGUGGA